AUGCCUGCGCGCAGCCGCCACCGCCCCCGCUUCCACUCUGGCUCCCCUCCUCGGGCUCCGCCUCCGCCGCUCGAGGCGCUUCACUCCCGCGAGUCGCGGAGGGUCCCGGACUCCGACGGCGGCUCGGACUCCGACUCGGAGGUGGGUCCGGGGAGCCCCACUCGGACCGCGGAGACCCUGGAAGAAGAAAUGGCCGGUCCUAGUCAACUCUGCAUUCGCCGCUGGACUACCAAGCAUGUAGCUGUUUGGCUGAAGGAUGAAGGCUUCUUUGAAUAUGUGGACAUUUUAUGCAAUAAACACCGACUUGAUGGAAUCACAUUGCUAACGCUGACUGAAUAUGAUCUCCGGUCUCCUCCUCUGGAAAUCAAAGUCUUAGGGGACAUUAAAAGGUUAAUGCUCUCGGUCCGAAAACUGCAGAAAAUACACAUUGAUGUUUUAGAAGAGAUGGGCUACAACAGUGACAGUCCCAUGAGUUCCAUGACCCCUUUCAUCAGUGCUCUUCAGAGUGCAGAGUGGCUCUGUAAUGGGGAGCCUUCACAUGACUGUGAUGGACCCAUCGCUGAUUUGAAUUCUGAUCAGUACCAGUACAUGAAUGGGAAAAACAAACAUUCUAUUCGAAGGUUGGACCCAGAGUACUGGAAGACCAUACUGAGUUGUGUGUAUGUUUUUAUAGUCUUUGGGUUUACAUCUUUCAUUAUGGUUAUAGUCCACGAGCGAGUGCCUGACAUGCAGACGUAUCCACCACUCCCGGAUAUAUUCUUAGACAGUGUUCCUAGAAUCCCAUGGGCCUUUGCCAUGACAGAAGUAUGUGGCAUGAUUCUGUGCUAUAUUUGGCUCCUGGUUCUUCUUCUUCACAAGCACAGGUCAAUACUUCUGCGAAGGCUCUGUAGUCUGAUGGGUACUGUGUUCUUGCUUCGCUGCUUUACCAUGUUUGUGACCUCGCUCUCCGUGCCGGGACAGCACCUGCAAUGUACUGGAAAGAUCUACGGCAGCGUGUGGGAGAAACUGCACCGGGCCUUUGCCAUCUGGAGCGGCUUCGGUAUGACCCUGACCGGCGUGCACACUUGUGGGGAUUACAUGUUCAGUGGCCACACAGUUGUCCUGACGAUGCUGAAUUUCUUUGUCACGGAAUAUACACCAAGAAGCUGGAAUUUCUUGCACACUUUAUCCUGGGUUCUCAACCUCUUUGGAAUCUUCUUCAUUUUGGCUGCCCAUGAACAUUAUUCCAUUGAUGUGUUUAUUGCCUUUUAUAUCACAACAAGACUCUUUUUGUACUACCAUACACUAGCUAACACCAGAGCAUAUCAGCAGAGUAGGAGGGCAAGAAUUUGGUUUCCCAUGUUUUCUUUUUUUGAAUGCAAUGUUAAUGGUACAGUACCUAAUGAAUAUUGUUGGCCGUUUUCAAAACCAGCAAUAAUGAAAAGACUAAUUGGAUGAAGACUAUCUUUGUUAUGAGUUUGUUAUUAAACAUACAGUGGCUGUUGAAAGUGAAUAACUUUGCUUCUCCCCCUUGGUUGUUCCUGGAUGCCUUGCUUUUUGGCUCAUAUGUUAACAAAGUAAUGUUCCCUGUUCUGAGCAAGGCUGUGAUUAUAGAAAGCAAAAAAGAACUACCAAGAGUCCUUAUAAAUCUGUUUGAACAGAAAGCUUAAGUAGAUGUUUUCUGCCCCUUCUCUUUAGACAGAGGUAAUGGGAUUGAUUGAAGCCAGGCUGUUACCCUUACUUGUUGAGUAUUUGCUUAUUGAACUUAAGCAAAUCAACUUAAGCAAUUUGCUGCUUGAAAGCGUUUUUUUUUUUUAUUUCCAGUAGGACUCCAGUCAAGAAAUAAUAUGUUUCGAAUCUCAUUAUCUUCAAAAGAAAAACCCCUACCAAGCAAACAGUUGUACUUGUUCUUUGAACUAAUCUCUGUGUCUUUUUAAAAAUGCAACUCUGGAAAGUGAUCCGUUUUGCUAACAAAUAAUUUUUAUCUUCUGAACCCAUCUUCAAGAAAAGUGUAUUGAACAUAGCAGGAUGCCCGAAAUAAGAAGAGAAAGGGGCCGUACCUGAGGUGACAAAGUACAAAUACAGUACUGGCAUUUUUCACCAAAGAUGCAACAGAAGAUGCAGUUCCUAUUUUGUUCUGAGGGUUCAGGAUUCAUGAGGGGAACAUGGCUGCACCCAUAAAAAUAAAAUUGGCUGAAUUUUAGUGAUAUAGGCACCUGGGAUAACUUUGUGCAAUAGCUGUUAAUUAGAUGGCAGCCCAAUUUUAUCCUUUUGAAUGAUGUUGUUUCAUGAGCAAAACAGUGGAGUGUUUUCCCAGAUGUUAGAUAAAGUCCUUAAGUAGGGAGAUGUGCAUGCAAAAAACAUUUUUUCUCUUUCUGGAAGAAAUUUAUAGCAGGUUGCAGGCAUAAUAUAACUUUUUGGUUUUUGAAAUUUCUCAUUCUUGGUCAUCAGAGGUAAGCGGUCACAGACAUGUUUGGAUCUGAAAAGGUUUUGUUUUUGUUUUUUAAAUUUUUAAAUACAAUUGUGUACAUACAUUCUUUCUAUUUAGACUUAAUUUGGCAGUCAGGAAGUGAUACAAUUUAGUUGCUGUUUACAACACUAGAAAUUUAGUACCUUAUGUAAUUUGAUCUGUGUGAUAACAUUUGUCGCUUUACUUUUAAUAAUUUUAGUUAGUAGCUAUGAUAGUAGGAUGGUUAUGGAAUUGCAAUUUGAACCCCACCUGAUGAGCUUGAUGAGCUUAGCCACUUGGAAUAUUAAUUGUGUAGUUUUUACAUUCCAUUUUAAAACAAGGUGUUAGAAAAGGUGCUGGCAUAUUGAGGUCUAAAAUUAGGCCACUUAGCAGGAAUCUGCUCCUUAGAUGGGUGAAAUAUUUUAUUUUUGCACUUUGAGUCAUAUUCCUACCCCUGUAUAAGCUAUAGAGGAGCCUUGAAUGGAUGGGGCAGGAGAGGAAUAUUAUGUGAACAAGUUUUAGCCAGUGGUAAGUGACCCCAAUUUGAGUCUGCUCUGAACAUUAUUUUUUAUUUCUCACUUGAGAAAUGGCACAAAGCAAUUCAAGUUUUAUUAUGCUUUUAAAUCUCAUACUUCAGAAUCUUACAAUAGCUGAAAUUUUUGAUUCUAUUUCAUGCUAGGGACAGAAAUGCCAACAUUUCAUCUAAGGAAAUUGCAUCAUUAUGAAGGGUGAAGGAGGCUUCCUAUGCCAGUUAGCGUAGUCUGGCGCUUGAGGUCAAAAGAUGUGUUACUGCCAUUGUUUUUCCAAAUGACAGAACAGGACCGAAUUUAGCUAGGGAGGCACUAAUUUUCAGGCUUUUGGAAAAAUGUUUCAAAAAAAAUCUGUGACAAAAUUAAUUCAAGAAUGUUAAGUAGUUAGUGGUCAAACUUCCUAACAUCAGUCUUGUUUCCUUCAUAUGGAUUCUAUUCUAGAACAAAAUAGAAAAAAAUAAAUUAGGACUAAUUUGCAGAGCUAUUGACAUUGAGAGUGCCUAACAGCAGACUACUAUGAAGAUUGUAAAAUAACUUUUCAACCUUGGGUUUAUCAUAUCUGUUUUGAGGAAAAGGUAAGCUAGACUUAUAAUUUAUUGUUAUAACUAUUACAAGGCAAAUGUUUACAUAAAUCAAUCAUCUCUAAGUCUCUUUCUUGGAAAUUGAGACACAGUUCUUUUCCGUUUUUUUUUUUUUUUUUUUUUUUUAACAUGAAACCUACAUUUUAGUUGCUUUUUGUUUUGUCCAGAAAUUUCCAGAUUUUUUCUUUGUAUUUUUUUUCCUUGUUAAAAAUCUAAACCAUAGUGAUGGUAGUAUUAACAUUUACAUUUUGAGAGUGACUGUGGCUAGGUAGAGAAGCUACAUGCCUUAGAUCUACAUAGUUUUUGACCUUGUAUUAGGUUCUACAGUUGCAGACUUGUGAGACGCUUACAUCAUUCAACUCUGAGACCUCAGUAUAGAAGGAAUGAAGAAGGUUUUUGGUUUAGGGAUGCAAACUGGAGAUUAUGUUGAAAGUCUUUGAUGCAUUUUCUAUGUUCCUGGCGACUGUGACCUUUUUCCUUUCCUUCCUUUCUUCUUUCCUUCUUUUCUUCCUUCCUUCCUUCCAGUCCAUGCAGGGCAGUGUUACUAAAGGGUAAUUGAAGUUCUUAGGGAGUAGAAUGUUUUGAAGAAGGCAAGUUUGAUGUUCUCUUGAAACAAUUUGGGAGGAACCUUUUUGGCUAUGCUGCAGAAAUCUCAGCAUGCCUGUCCUCUCCAUAGUUCUCUGUGGCCAGAAUUGCUAGGCAGUUGUAAAAUGACAACUUCCAUAUGUUGGGUCUGUUUAUUAGUAUCUUUUUAAAUCAGGAAGCAAGAGCUUAGCCUUAGAAUUAGUCCGUUAAUAAGUGUGGACUGUUCACCAGAAGAAAAUCCACUGACUGAGAGACCUGCUGGUAAUGUAACUGACGCCGCAAGUGGCAUUCUUCUCUGGCCUGUGCCUGCCUGAUCGUUGUUACUUGCAAUUCCCCAAAAUCCUAUAGUUUGUCAGUGGAGAACAGAGGAGACAAAUGCUUUUAUAGCUGAUAUGAAACAGUCUGUUUUAGGGACAUCUCUUUGGAAAGUGUUAUUUAUAUAUUCAAAGUAAUAUUCAUAACACUAACCUGCUUUGACUGUAUUCAGCAAAAGGCAAUUUCAUCAUUAGUUUCAUAGUAAACUUUCUAAAGAUUCCAAUUCGAAAAUGCUUGAGAACAUUAACUUUAUUCUUGUUUUAAACUCUCUGAUCUAAUAAAUUUCUUUGAUAGUCUUUUUUGUAGACUUAAGUUAUCCCUUACUAAAAGUAAUUAUACUAAAUCAUUUGUCAGUUCUUUAAGGUAGUCAGACAUAUGAGACAAGAAAGCUGUCUUUUAGAAUAGUCUAGUACCUUUCUUAAACAGUAUUGGUUUCAUUUAGAUAGUUGCAAAGCCAACAAAGCAUGUCAGUUUUAAUGCCAACUUUACUUGGCAUUUAAGACAGUUUGCAUUUGUAAAAAGUUUCACCGGAAUUACCCCUGCGUCUCUGUAGAGGAGAAUUGUUAGUAACAUCAAGAGUCAGGCUGCUUCAAGUGACCAAUGCUGAAAUUCCAGCAAAAGCCACCAAUUUCAAGUAACUAAACUGUGGCCUACUACUUUGCAUCAAGUUCAAUAAAAAUAUCUAUGAAAUCGAUAAGCCAUAAUUCAGCUACCAAUAAAGUUGGUUUUUAGCAUAUGUUCUACCCUAAAUUAACCAAAGGACUUUUUAUUUUGUGUACUCCAUGUUUAAGCAUAAAGAAGUGUUGUGCUUGAUAUGGAGAGAGAAGAAAUACUAUGUUAAUUUCAUUGUUAUUUCAGGUCUGUUUCAAUCUAAACUACUGGGUUGUCUGAACAUAACCAAACAAUGUUAUUAGGUAGUAGGGUCAUCUUAAAAAUGCUUAAUUUUAAUAAUUUUUUAUUCAGAGAAUCUAGGGAUUGUUAGGAUAAUUCAAAUAUUUCUGAUAUGGCACAGAGGAAGUGGAAACUGGUACAUAAUGGGGGAAGCAAAAUUAGCUCGGAUUAAAGUGGACAUGUUUUGUUUCAAGAAUUCUACCUAAAUGUCACCCUAUCCACAGAAACUAGUAUUACUUGAAGAUGUGAAAGUUCCUGUGGUAGCCAUACCUUGAAGCACAGUAUUGUAUAUAAGUAAAUAUCUUGAUUCUAAAUUAAAUCCAGAUUUAACUAAUAUAUAUUAUUUUAUAUCUUUGUUGUAUUAAAAUGUUUUAAAACACUAAAAAUAAAACAUUUGAAAGUUGGAUUACAGUCUCUUAUUUAACUGUCUUUGCAGCUGGGCUAUUUUUUAUACAGUGAAUUUUUAUUUUUCCAAAUGAUUGGGCCCUGCAACUCUAAAUCCUAAUGUAGUAUCUAGUCCCUGGCAUUUUCUAAUUCUUAGUUGUCUGUUAGAUAAGCCAUUUUCCCUUUCCCCUUUCUUUUCUGUAAACUAGGAAAGAAAAGUGAUCUUCCUGAGGGUAUUAGAAUAAUUGUAGAUUAAGUUGAGAGGGAGGCAAGAAAAACAAAUCACUACUUAUUCCUGGACGCAUUAAAGUUUUUGUUUUUUAUUUUAAUUGUAGAUUAUAUAGGAAGAUGCCAUCAUCCUGUUAGAUCAGCUUUGGAGAUAACGAUGAACAGGAAAGGGAAGUAGUGGUUAGGGUAGCCCAGAAUCACAGAGUAGUGGGAACACUACUAAGCACUGUCACAGGUGUGGGAACAGAUGAGCUUAAUUUACAACUGAACUUGCCUUCAUGAUGACUGCUAACUGUAUGUAGCCUGUCUGGUGCUGGUCCCAGCACGUCUUUCUCUCCGGAACUCUGGGAAAGAAUAGUCCAGAACAGACCUAGAGGCUGCUUGGUGGGAUAGAAAAUGCACAGGAGUUAGUUAGAAUCUGAGGACCUGGGCAUGAGUUACAUCUCUGCCACUGAAUAAAUUGGGCUUUUUCUUCCAGCCCCACUUAACCUUAUGUGUAAAAUGGGUUAAGGGGUGCCUACCUCAUAGGUUGUAUUAAGGGCCAGAUUAUGAAAAUACUGUAGCCUUGUUGGCCCAGUAUCUGGUACAUACUGCUGAAAUAGUAGUUGAAUCUAGGUCAAGAAAAUAGGGCUUAUGCGCCCAGGGAUUUAAUAAUCUGGCUGGCAAGGUGACUUUAAAAGGUAGCUAACAGCAUUCAUUGAUGGAAUAGACCAGUAGUUUUAAAACUGCUUGGCUGGCAGCAUUUGAGAUCUUAUUCCCUGGCAUGUGUGGUCAGUUUGACUCAAACGCUUAUAAAAGUUCUUUACAGGUUUGAACGUUUCUUAUGUUGACAUGGGUAAGAAUAUUUUCCCAUUUAUUUGUAUUUCUUCCUACAUGAAUUAUGGGUCCAUGUUAUUCAUCAAUUUUUUUCUGUUAAGAGUUUAAUGAUUUUCUUAAUAAUUUGCCUGAGCAUUUUAUAUAUUAAGGAUAUUAACUCUGUCAUAUUGGGGACAGAUAA